ACACGUUUGACUGGCACCUCACCGUGCAUCAGAUGACACCGCAAUUAAACCACGUUAUACGCAGUGAUAUUUCUUUCACUGUAGUGUAAAGGGGCAGGAUGCUCCGGAGUGGUCGUUUGAUUUAUCGGUGAUCUUGGUAUCAGGUCUGACAGGAAGUUUAAUCAACCGCGGUGCGAACGUGCGAGUCGAGAGGAAGGUGCUCUCUUCAGCGAAAAUGACUUUCAACCGGUUGCUGUCCAGGGCUGUUUUCGUCAGCAGAGCUGGCUGCAGGUCUGCUUUCACAAGCUCCAAGCCUGAUAUGACCAACCCCAACUGGUUCAGAGUGGGUCUUGCUUUUGGAACAUCUGCUUUCCUAUGGGGCUUGCUCUUCAAACAGCACAGCACAGACACUCAUGAGUACAAAGUGAGGAAUGGCCUGGAAUAACCUACAAAACUCACAGGAGGUUGUUGGUGUUGGUCUGCUUCUUUCUGGUUUGUCUCGUCCCCAUUUCUCAACGUGGAUUACGUGUAAAUAAAAACAUUUAUCAUGUGAA